AUGUUCUACAAAACCAAAACCCACACUCUUCUCUACCUUAACAACGCAAGAUCUAUAUCAAGUCUCAAAGUAGUGUGGCGCAAGGACCCAACACUCGAUCGAGCUAUAGAGCACGACAAGCGUUACAAGCAAUGUGCCCGCGUCGUCAAGGAAGUCCUCAACGAACCCGGCCAAGUCAUCCCUCUCCGCUACCUCGAAAAGCGCCGCGAAAGGAUGCGCCUCAAGGUCAAAGCCGAAACCUUUCUCAACCAAAACCCUGGCUUGUUCGAUGUCUACUAUGACCGCAUCAAACCCAAAACCGAACCGGUUCGGUUCAUCCGCCCCACCGACCGCCUUCGCCGCUUUCUCCAGGAAGAACAACGGAUUUUCUCCGAGAACGAACCCUUCAUUGUCUCAAAGUUGUGUAAAUUGUUAAUGAUGUCCAAGAACAAGGUUGUUAGUGCUGAUAAGUUGCUUCACGUGAAGAGAGAGUUCGGGUUCCCUAACGAUUUUUUGGUUGAUUUGGUUCCCAGGUAUCCGCAAUAUUUUAGGUUAACUGGGUCUCCUGGGGAGGGGAAAUCGUUUCUUGAAUUGGUUAAUUGGAAUUCCGAGUUUGCAAAAUCUGUUAUUGAGGAGAGGGCUGAUGAGGAGGGUGAGCGUUUGGGAAUUAAGGUUAGGCCUAGUUUCAAUGUGGAGCUUCCAGCAGGGUUUGUGUUGAAGAAGGAGAUGAGGGAGUGGGUUAGGGAUUGGAUGGAGCUUGAUUAUGUGUCUCCUUACGAGGAUGUGUCCCAUUUAGACCAGGCUUCUAGAGAGAUGGAGAAGAGGUCCGUUGGAGUGUUCCACGAACUGCUUUCUCUUUCCUUGCAUAAGAGGAUUCCUGUGCCGAUCCUUGGAAAGUUUUGUGAUGAGUAUAGGUUUUCCAAUGCGUUUUCCAGCACUUUUACAAGGCAUUCGGGGAUAUUCUAUUUGUCCUUGAAAGGUGGGAUUGAAACGGCAGUGUUGAGAGAAGCAUACAGAGUUGAGGAGUUGGUUGACCGCGAUUCGUUGCUUCAGAUAAAAGAUAAGUUUGUUGAGUUGUUGGAGGAGGGGUGGCGGCAAAGAGCGGAGCAAUUGAGAUUGAAGCAGGAGAAGAUUAAGGAAGAUAUGGAGCUAUUGGCCACCAAAGUUUGUGAUUGA